AUGGCGAUGAGGGGUGGGUGGCGUGUGGCUGCGCGGCGUUGGCGUGAGGUGACGGCUGCAACAGGGGUGGCGCGACAGAACAGGGUUCCUCAUCGUGAGUACAGCAAGCAAGCCCGGCCGCUGGUGCUAGGCAUCGAGAGCACCUUUGAUGACACGGGCGUGUGCAUUCUGGACAGCACUGGCCACGUGCUUGGAGAGUCGCUGCUCUCCCAACGCGAGCACCACGUCAAGUGA